AUGGCAGAUUAUACAGAAUUUGGACAAGCAGUGCAGGGUGUUGCAAAGGAGGCUCUGUCUGCCAGUUUAAAAUAUAGCAAAGGUGGUGACCUUUCAUUCAACGUCAGCACUACCGAUGUGCAAGUGGCCAGAGAUUUAGUCAGAACUGUAGGUCGUACUGUAGUUACACUUGGUGCUCUUUAUGCUGGUUAUCAUUUAAUGAAACCCAUAAUUGAGGGCGCGGUUAAACAUGCCUUUGGAGGUGAAAGAGACGACCAAGAAAUUCGGGGUAUCAGACCUGGAUCUCUAAACAUUCUACUGCAUUGUUUGACAGAUGAAAGAUUUCUGAAAGUUUUAAAUGAUUACGAAUGUGGUAGAUUGAAAGAGCGUUUGCAGGAAGAAUUUUUGCGGACUGGAAUUAAAAUAGAAGGAGUAAUGGUGGAGAUUUUAAACAUGGAAGAAGUACAUAAAACUAAGGAAGCUAUAAAUGAAAG